AUGAGUAGGCUCCCUUUGUCUUGUCCUGCACACCCUGGCCACCUGCACCUGCCCCACCUGCACCUGCCCCACCUGCACCUGCCCCACCUGCACCUGUUCCACCUGCACCUGCCCCACCUGUACCUGCCCCACCUGCACCUGCUCCACCUGCACCUGCCCCACCUGCACCUGCCCCACCUGCACCUGCCUCACCUGCACCUGCCCCACCUGCACCUGUUCUACCUGCACGUGCCCCACCUGCACCUGCCCCACCUGCACCUGCCCCACCUGCACCUGCCCCACCUGCACCUGCCCCACCUGCACCUGCCCCACCUGCACCUGCCCCACCUGCACCUGCCCCACCUGCACCUGUUCUACCUGCACCUGUUCCACCUGCACCUGCCCCACCUGCAUCUGCCCCACCUGCACCUGCUCCACCUGCACCUGCCCCACCUGCACCUGCCCCACCUGCACCUGCCCCACCUGCACCUGCCCCACCUGCACCUGCCCCACCUGCACCUGUUCCACCUGCACCUGCCCCACCUGCAUCUGCCCCACCUGCACCUGCCCCACCUGCACCUGCCCCUACCUGCACCUGCCCCACCUGCACCUGUUCCACCUGCACCUGCCCUACCUGCACCUGCCCCACCUGCACCUGCCCCACCUGCACCUGCCCCACCUGUACCUGUUCCACCUGCAUCUGCCCUACCUGCACCUGCCCCACCUGCACCUGCCCCACCUGCACCUGUUCCACCUGCACCUGCUCCACCUGCACCUGCCCCACCUGCACCUGCCCCACCUGCACCUGCCCUACCUGCACCUGCCCCACCUGCACCUGCCCCACCUGCAGAGCUCCAAGCAUUCUUCAUUCUCCCAAGUCCACCUUUGGAAAAUCCCCCAACUCCAGCUCAGCAUUUCUCAGCUCUGGCCCCAUCCUGCAGGCCUGGUUCUGAACUUUUCACCAUCUCAAGAGGAGAAGGUAUUGUUUUCCCUGUGCUGUGA